AUGGAAAUAAUUGAGGAGGAAAGUAGUAUGAGCUACAUAGAAACAGUGUUUAAAAAUGGAAUAAAUAUAAAUCGGGAAAGCAUACAGUCACAAAUUAACCCGCGUUCCUUUGUCCCGUAUAUAUAUGUCAUCGUAUUGACCCUGGGGGCUGUUCUUCUCCUCGUAAAGCGUCUCCCACAGAAAAAUAAUGAUGAGAUAGAACAUUCCGCGCGAAAUAAAAAAUUAGACAGAGAAAUCGCCCUUGAACAAGGACUAAUUGAAAAGUCAGAAGAAUUGAAAAAAUACGCAUGGAAUAACUGGUUCAUCAAACUAGAAACAGACUGGAACUAUUUCAAUGCGACUCUCGAGAAUGAAAAACAGACAUGGUUUGAUGAAAAAGAAAAGGAAUGGCAAGAAUGGUUAAAGUCUAUGGAAGACAGAUGGACACAUUAUAACGAAGAUAUGGAGACAGAACUUAAAUUGUAUAUUUUAAAGAAUUCACAAGGUUGGGAUGAAAAUCAAUGGGAAACCUGGAUUAAAAAUGAUGGAAAAAAAUUUAUGGAAAUCAAUUUCAAUAAAUGGAUUGGUGAAAAUUAUUCUGAUUAUAAUGCUUGGGUUGUGAAACAAUGGGAAGAAUGGAAGGACGGAAAAAUUCUCACCUGGUUAUUAAAAGAUUGGAGACGUAACGAAUGCGAAUAUUGGGAAAGAUUCGAAGAUUUGACCUUACCAGAACCAUUAUUUGAAAGGGUAUAUAGUAACUGGGAUAAAUGGAAUAAAAGGUUAACGAAAGAAACACAACAGUGGGAAAAAUGGGUUUCCGCGAAAUGUGAGUUAUAUAAAAGCAGUGAGUGCAAACAAUGGAAGAAAUGGAAGGAUGAUAGAGAAGUCUUGUUUAACAAUUGGAUGGAGUCAUUUAUCAGCACGUGGAUAGCAGAAAAAAAGUGGAACGUCUGUAUUGAAGAGAAAAAAAAUGAAACCGCUUCCUGA